AUGGCUUCACCAAAAGGAACCAUUCUCCUACUAGGCGGCACAGGCAAAGUCUCCCGGCGCAUCACGCCUCUUUUAUCCGCCGCAGGGUAUCCUACGCUCAUCGCAUCACGUUCCGGCACCUCACCUGACCUCCCCGGUGUCAGCGGCGUGACGUUCGACUGGGACGAUUCUACCACAUACAACAAUGUCCUCAGCACCCCUGGCACCUCCGCAGUCUUCCUCGUCGGCCCCUCAUACACAGACAUGUUAACGCCCAUGAAAAAAUUCAUCGAUCUCGCUCUUUCAAAAGGAGUCGAGAGGCUCGUCUUAUUGAGCGCGAGUCUCAUAGAGGUGGGUGAUGGGCCGGCGAUGGCGGAGGUGAGUAAGUAUGUCAGUGGGCUGGGUGUAGAGUGGGCUGUACUACGACCGACUUGGUUUAUGGAAAACUUCACAGAAGCACACCACGCUCUCACCAUCCGCUCCCAAUCCACCAUAGCCACCGCUACAGGAAAUGGCAAAGUCCCCUUCCUCUCCGCCUCGGACAUAGGAGCCGUCGCCUUCCACGCACUAACCGACACCGUGCCCCAUAACACGGACCACCUACUGCUCGGCCCAGAACUCUUCUCGUACACCGAAGUCGCGGCUCUCAUAUCCGAGAAACUGGGUAGAGAGGUUAGGCAUGUGGAUAUUAGCGAGCAGGAGUUGAUGCAAGGUCUGCAGGCGGUUGUGCCACUGGAUUAUGCGCGUAUGUUGGCGCAACUUGAUACGGCGAUUAGAGAGGGCAAGGAGGAGCGGGUUAAUGACGUGGUGAAGCGCGUUACGGGAAGAGAGCCGAAGACUUUGGCGCAGUUUGUGGAUGAGGGGGUUAGGGAGGGUGUUUGGGGGAUGAAGGGAGAGUAG